GAGGCGGCAGCUGACAGGCGCUCCUCCCCAGAUAGCUGCGGCUGCUGCCGAGCGAGACCCGGCGGCCGCUAGCUCGCGUCGCGGCGUCCGGAGCCCGCGAGGCGCUAGAGCCGCGCCGGGGGAUGGACGAGGGGAAGAUGGACGAGAAUGAAUGGAAGUACCACGGCGAAGGCAACAAGAGCUUGGUAGUGGCCCACAAGCAGCGUUGUGUGGUACUGCGUUUUCUGAAGUUUCAUCCAAAUAGGAAUAAGGCCUCAGAAGAAAUAUUUCAGCACCUACAGAACAUAGUAGACUUUAGCAAAAAUGUCAUGAAGGAGUUCUUUGGGGAGAACUAUGUUCACUCUGGGGAAGUUGUUCAGCUGCCUUUAGAUUUUGUGAAACAGCUUUGUUUAAAGAUACAGGCCGAAAGACCAGAAUCUCGCUGUGACAAGGACCUGGACACUCUCAGUGGUUAUGCUAUGUGCCUUCCUAACUUGACCAGACUUCAGACCUACCACUUUGUGGAGCACCGACCGAUUCUGUGUGUAGAGAUUAAGCCAAAAUGUGGAUUUAUUCCUUUCUCCAGUGAUGUCACACAUGAGAUGAAGCAUAAAGUGUGCCGUUACUGCAUGCAUCAGCACCUCAAGGUAGCAACUGGAAAGUGGAAGCAGAUAAGUAAAUACUGUCCCCUCGAUCUCUACUCAGGAAAUAAACAAAGAAUGCACUUUGCCUUGAAAAGUUUGUUGCAGGAGGCACAGAACAACUUAAAGAUAUUCAAGAAUGGUGAAUUGAUCUAUGGCGGCAAGGAAGCACGGGACUCGGUGACUGACUGGAAUGAGCUCGCGCACCACCUGAAGCCUUUCUUCUUCCCUUCCAACGGCCUGGCCAGCGGGCCGCACUGCACGAGGGCUGUCAUCCGCGAGUUAGUCCACGUCCUCACGUGGGUGCUGCUGAGUGACACCGACAAGAGCCGGCUGGGCACCUGGAGAGCUGUGCCCGGCACACAGGGCCUUCGAGCCUGCGAAGCCAGCCCCUUCAGCAGGCAGCUGCACUGUCAAGGAAAAAACACCCCGGAGCACUCGGGGUUACCGAAGGGCUGUCUUCUGUACAAAACCCUCCAGGUGCAGAUGUUGGACAUGCUGGACAUCGAGGGCCUCUACCCUCUGUACAGCCGGGUGGAGCGGUACCUGCAGGAGUUUCCUGAGCAGAGAAAAACAUUACAAAUAGAUGGGCCUUACAAUGAAGCAUUUUAUCAGAAGUUGCUUGAUCUUUCUACUGAAGAUGAUGGGACGCUGGCUUAUGCGUUAACAAAGGUGCAGCAGUACCGUGUGGCCAUGACUGCCAAGGACUGCUCCAUCAUGAUCACCCUCUCCCCUUGUCUGCAGGACGAAAGCCCUGGUCACAGAGCUGUUGUCCCUUCAUCGAAGUCCCGCCUUGCCUUCUCGGUGUCUGUGCUGGACCUUGACCUCAAGCCCUACGAGAGCAUUCCUCACCAGUACAUGCUGGAUGGCAAGAUCGUCAGCUACUACUCCAAGGCUGUGCGCGCCAAGGAUGCUGCCGCUGCUGCACCGCCCAGAUUCAAGGGAAAUGAGGAUUGCACACUCGUUCUGCACAAAGUCUAGCUUUUCUCCUGCAGUAUCUUUGGAACUCAAAACGUAGAAUGUGAAGGCUAAUGAUAGAGCUGUUUUCUGUUGUGUUGGGUGACUUUUGGCCGUGAAUAUGUUUGUUUAACCUUUGUUGAAGUGUGGCUGCCUCUCACAGACAUGGAAUUGAAUAGCACUAGAAAUGUCUUCCAGGAGAAGGAAUGUAUUGACGUGAGCCCAGCAGUGUGCUGUUUCCCAGGAAUGCCUUUCACGUUCUUAAAACAGAAGCUUCUGCAAAAGUGCUAUGAAGACAUUCUGGGUAGUUCUUCAUUCUCAACCAGGCUCACGUCUGAUUCUCUAAUGCAAAAAGCCUUAUUACUGAGACCCAAGGUUUGGGCCUCCUACCACCAUACUCUUAACAUAGAAAGCUUGAGUGGCCACGUGCAUCUUAGAGCAUGGACGUUCAAGAACACAUGGAUACUACUGGAAUUUCUCUUCAGCCAAGUCACAUGGUUGCUUUUUAAGUGUGAGCUGCCCAUUGCCGCAGAGCGAGUGUGCUGGCUGGGAUGUCGGCUUGAGCGUUGAGGUGGGAGUGGUGGCUGCUUGGGCCAGCAGGGGGUGCAAUGACUCUCACUGAGGGGCCCCCUCCAUCGAGCAUUUGCACCGUGUUGGCUGAAGUUGCCUCUUUAAUGUUAGGGAGAGCAAUGGUAUAUUCUUUCCCACCUGAAAUUGCUGCUGUGGAAAGUGGGAGCAGAGAUGUAACUGGCUGGAGCUGCCGGGCGCUGGGCCGUCCAAGGGCAGGACUCCUGACCUGUUUGUCUCUCUGGGCGUUCUGAUGUGUUUCCCUUCCCCCUUGGUUUCUUCUUGCGCCCGUUUCUACGCUGAGGCUGGUGGGCUGGUAAGUGCCCCUGGAGGCGGCCCAGAAAACCUGCUGGUGGUCAGCAGCAUGCUGCUGUGAAACCCUGUUGGGGUCUUGGCAUCAGUUUUUUUCUAUGGUAGGUUGUACAAAUUGAUUACAUCUUCGUUUUGAGGGACUAACGAGGGCUUAUUGUAACAAAAUAUAUUAGUGAAACCAUAGGAUUGUAUGAAAAUGCUACAUGAAAAAUGAGGAAAAUAUUUUGCUGAUUGUAAAUUUUUGUGGGAAAUUUUGUGAUAACUGGAGAAUUACACUUGUUUGAACCAAGCCAGCUCUUCUAGGAUUCAUUGUUGAAUUCUGUCCUAACAUUUACUUCUUUCUUCGUUCUCCUCUGAGAGGCAGAUGCUUUCACUGCUGUCUUCCUCAGGCCUCACAUCACACAUGGCUCUGGUACACAUGUGGGCAUCAUCCCCUAAGGGAGUCAGGCCUGGCGAAUGGAUAGGGUCUGUGCAGACCCCGUGGGAAGGGUGAGCAGCAUGCUCAGGCUCAGGGUGACCCGCAGCUCUGGAGGUACUGGAGUGUGAUGGUUAAUGUGAUAUGUCACCUUAGCUAGGCUAUGAUUCUCAGUGGUGUGGUAGACACUGGACUGGGUAGUCUUCCAUAAUGUAAUAUAAUGUAAUCACCUUCUGUGAUGUGAUGUGGUCAGCCAAUCAGUUAAAAGGGGAGUUUCCUUGGGGGUGUGGCCUGUCUUCAGCAUACAAAUAGAUACUUGGGCAAAGUGCGCUCUCUCUCUCUCUCUCUCUCGACCCUGCACUCUUCUCGUCAUCUGACCUCCAGUU